AUGGGAAGAAAGAAGAAGAAGCCACAGAAGCCUUGGUGUUGGUAUUGCAAUCGCGAAUUUGAAGACGAAAAAAUACUCAUUCAACAUCAAAAAGCCAAACACUUCAAAUGCCACAUCUGCAACAAAAAACUCUUCACAGGCCCGGGGCUGGCUAUUCAUUGUAUGCAGGUACACAAGGAAACGAUUGACAAAAUUCCUGGGGCUGUGCCAGGGAGGGACAAUGUUAAUAUUGAAGUUUAUGGAAUGGAAGGAUUGCCGCCUGAUGCAAAGCCUAAUGAAACAACUCCACCACCUUCUAAAAUCCCCCGUCCUGCAAUGCCGCCUUUACCACCUGUUGCUCCACCCAUGUUAAUGCCUGGGAUGGCUGCAAUGCAACAAUUCCAGGCGGCUGGUGGUUUGAUACGAAUGCCUGCGAUGGGGAUGAGGCCUUUUAUGCCACCUUUCGGCCCCAACGGCUCUUUUCCAAUGAUGCGACCACCAAUUCACGGCAUGCCAGCACAAAUAAUGUCAAAUAUGAUACCUACAAGUUCGUCAUCCGCUCCAAAUUUUUUACAAAUGGAAGAUGCCCCGCCAUUGCCGCCAACACCGGCUGCUGCUUUUGCUGCUUAUCAAGAUACGAGGGGCGAAAAUAAAAAUGAUGAAGGAGGAGAAGCGUCAACUUCAAAGAAACCUGAAGGAGGGGUGUUUAUUGGCGCCAAAACGAGGAUAAUUUGCCCGGAUGAGUAUGAGUCAUUGGAAGAAUUAAUGGCAAUACGUAUCGUUCCACAAUUUGCUCGCAGUUUAGCAGCUCAUUUUCGACCUUAA